AGCAGUGUGGCGUGCGUGGGACAAUAUCACACUCGGCAUGAUCCCUGCCGCGCUUCUGCACGCACAGCCGAUCGAGUUGCGCCACCGCCCUCUCUUCUACAUAGGACACCUCCCGACGUUCAACGCGCUCCUUCUCACGAAGAAGCUCGGGAUUCCGAUGGCGGAGCCCAAGUGCUACGCGCGCAUCUUCGAGCGCGGAAUCGACCCGGAUGUGGACGACCCGACGAAAGUGCAUGGACACAGCGAGGUGCCCGAGAAGGACGAAGAUUGGCCGACGCUCGCGGAGGUGCUUAUGUUUAGGGAUCGCGUCCGCGAGCUGGUCGAGAAGACGCUUAAGGAGAUUGAGAGUGGGGAAAGGAGCAUGGGAAGGAGGCUCGUUAGGACGCUCAUGAUGAUGCAUGAGCACGAGGCAUGGCACCUUGAGACAUUACUCUAUAUCCUACUACAGUCUCCCGCCACCCGUCCUCCACCCGGCUUCACGCAACCACCUUUCGCGCAUCUCGCACAGCAGUGGGCCAGCGUCCCGCCGCCAAACACGCCACACGCAGAGAUCGAGGGUGCAGUCACGUUGGGGUAUGACGACCAGGAGCCCGAGGAUCUCUCUGACGCACAAGAAGUCGCGGCCAACACGACACAUGUAUUCGGGUGGGAUAACGAGAGCCCAGCGCGCGCGGUCGACGUGCGCCCGGUGCACGUUGAGUGGCGGCCUGUAAGCAAUGCCGACUUCUACGUCUUCUGGCGCGCUCAGGAGGGCAAGAUCGAAAUGCCGAAGAGUUGGGUGCUUGAAGACGACGAAGUAAAGGUCAAGACAUUCUAUGGCGCGCAGCCGCUCAGUGUCGCAGGUACCUGGCCGUGCCUCGCAUCAUAUGAUGCCCUACUCGUGUUUGCUCGGUCUAAGGGCGGCCGGAUCCCCACUGAACCUGAGCUCCGUCUGUUCCUCGACAAGUACCACAUUGGGUACGACGAAGGUGCGAACAUGGGCUUCAGGAGCUGGCAUCCAACUGCACCGACAGCAGGGCUUGCAGAAAACGGCGGCCGGGGGAGCAACGGCGGCGUAUGGGAGUGGACAAGCACAGCGCUGGACGCUCAUACCGGCUUUGCAGGCACGGGGAUAUUCCCUGGCUACAGCUCAGAUUUCUUUGACAGAAAGCACAUGGUCGUUCUUGGCGCGUCGUUUGCGACGGCCCCGCGUCUUGGUGAGCGGCGCACGGUGCGCAACUUCUACCAGCAUAACUAUCCGUAUCCUUGGGUUGCCGCGCGGGUGUGUUAUGACAUCUGAGCUGGCCUUAAAUGAGUUCAGGAUUUUAUAGCAGUUUUCUAAUCAUAUUUACAAGUUUUGUAUGCAUUCCUUCGUUCUACUGGUAUUACUACGAUUACUAUAACGCCUUC